CAAGUUCUCGGCUCACAGCCAUGAGACGGUGCUCACUCUGGGCCUACCGCGCCUGUGCCGCACUGUUCGUGCUCUUCGCGCUCAGCCCAGAUCUGACUUUCACGCCUAGGUCCGGAACACCAGGCUCUUCGAGCUCAAAGUCAAGCGGUGUGAAGCUUCUGGGAUUCAGUUCAGAGCAACUGUUCCCAGUUACAAAUGCAAGCUUGAUCUCCUGGGUCUGCCUGAUCUUCUUCCCCAGCUGGCGAAAGCUUCCAUCUGCUGUGCUUCUGGGUCCGGUGAUCAAUGCCAUCUUCUACACCCUUAUAGCCGGCGCUGUUCUCAUAAGCGGAAACCAAGACGCCAAGAUCAACUUCAGUUGUCUGGAAGGCAUCCGUGCAAUGUUCGCAAACUCUGAUGCGUGUUUUGCGGGGUGGCUACACUAUUGUGUCUUUGAUCCCUUGGUUGGCUUGGGUGAGGUGCUUGACAGUCGGCAAGUGAAGGUACCACAUUUGCUGGUGGUCCCGUGCCUCUUCAUGACCAUGUUGGUAGGCACUGAAGAGGGCACGGACUCCGAGGUGUUGAUGGCCAUGCUAAAGUGUGCAACUCCAAGUCUGAAAAGCAAGAGACAAUACGUGCCAUGUUGCAUGUAAGAAGGCAAGUUGAGCAAUGCUGCCUCAGGGUAGCUUGCGACACUUAUGCAUAAGGAGCUGCUUGAGGGAUUACUUGGCCUUUUGAUGGUACUUUUCUGCCGAGAAUGCCUUUUACAAAUCCCAAUAUAUAUAACUCGGCUGAACUUGUAAGGACAAACCCUUGCGCCCUUUCCUUCCGGCUUGAAAGUGCUUUUGCCUAUCGGGAAUGCAGGCCCCAUUGGCUUCUUGAUGUACUUAACUCUGAGGUUCAUUGUGCUAUGGUCCAAAGAUGAUGGUGACUAUAUGGCUCAAUAAGAAUUUUCAGAACGUGGGCAAGAUGUGCAUAUGUUGAAAUUCGUGGCCCACCUCCUUAUCAAAUACAGGCGGACAAAGUUCCCGAAC